AUGUCUAGUCCGAGACGAAGGAUUGAGACUGAUUCUGCAGAAAUUCUAACCUUUUAUCUAGUGCAAGAGUUCUAUGUCCGCUUCAAGGGACCAGCAGAGACACCAUUCGAAGGCGGGCUCUGGAAAAUCCACGUCGAACUCCCAGAUCAGUAUCCCUACAAAUCCCCCAGCAUCGGUUUCGAAAACCGCAUCUUUCACCCUAAUAUCGAUGAAUCCGGUUCCGUCUGUCUCGAUGUGAUAAAUCAAACUUGGUCGCCAAUGUUCGAUAUGAUCAAUAUCUUUGAAGUGUUCCUCCCGCAAUUACUUCGAUAUCCAAAUCCGACGGAUCCACUGAAUGGAGAGGCCGCCGCACUACUUAUGAGGGAUUCGAAAGCGUAUGAUUUAAAGGUUAAAGAAUAUGUAACGAAAUACGCAAGUAAAGACGCAGCAGACGAUGCGGGCGCCGACGAAUCAGAUGACGAUACCAUGUCCUCGGUAGCUAGUUUUGACGACGACGAUGAUAAUGAAGAGGCAGCGGGUACAAUGGAGGAAAUCUAA